AUGAAUAAAUUUAUUCUCUUUCUAACCGUUAUAUGUGCAAAUUUACUAGCGGACGUGUUUAGUACGAAUACCAAGAGUUGUGAUAUAGCCCAGACGUGCAUUACCGAUUUGUCGGACUGCGGUUUGGGGUUCACUUUGACCCGUAACACGCACAUAUUCGGCUGUUGCCCAGGAUGCACACAAGAUGCGCCAGGAGACGACGGCGAUCUCGAAGAGGUCUUCUUUGACGAUGAGUGCGUCCCCCCAGCGAACUGUUUACCGGACGGAUCAUUUGGGCCCGUUCAAUGCAAAGGCGAUAGAUUCACUGGCAGAUGUUUCUGCUCGGAUAAGAAGGGACAGAGGUUAUUUGGACAAAUGUGGAGGAGCGAUGCAAACGAGAUGACUUGUGCGUGUAGCACAGCAAGAAAAGAGUUAGAGGACGCGGGCCACGUAGUUACGUUGCACUGUACAGCGAACGGUGACUACGAGCCCCUGCAGUGCAACCAAGGCAUGUGCUGGUGCGUUGAACCCAAAACAGGUCAACCCACAGUCAUCCCCAUCCCCGAAGAGGACAUGAAACUUUUGCCCUGUUACAGUGGACCGGCGGUGGGCGAACAGUACUUAAGGAGGUGCGAGAGUAUAGUUUCCUCCUUAUCGAGGAUCUACAAGGAGCAAUCGGAACAUGGAACCAGGUUUUAUGGUAAUCCAACAACGGUGUGCGAUUACGACGGAAGUUAUGGAGCAUAUCAAAUCGAGAAUGGAAUCGCCUACUGCACGGGGCGUGAUGGAAAAAUUCUGGGAUCGUGGCAAGCUAUCGUCAGUGAGAUGAAUAACAUGAAUUGCAAUUGUGCGCGUGACUCGAGAAUCCAUUUCCCAGCGCGAGGAAUGUCGGUGGCUGAAGUGUGCCAGCCGAAUGGCAACUACAGACCUAACCAGAUCGCGAACGGGGCCGUUUACUGCGUAGACUCCGAUGGUUAUACCAUCGAAAGAAGGAGAUGGCCUCAAAUUUGUGUAGAGGCGGAUAGAGCCAACAACGGUACGUUAACAACGAGGCGACCUUAG